AUGGGUUGGCUCAUCUGCUCCGGAAAAUCAAAAAAGAAAGCGAAGAAGAAGCAAAACAAGAAAUUUGAAGAUCAGAUCCCAUCAUCUUCAGAUAGAUUCAAGGUAAAUCCUUCCCUGGACGUAAAGAAGGAAGCUUCUAAGGAUGGAGGAUCUGGUCAUAUUGCAGCACACAUUUUUACAUUUCGUGAAUUGGCUGCAGCCACUAAAAAUUUCAGGGCAGACUGUCUUUUGGGCGAAGGAGGUUUUGGCAGAGUAUAUAAAGGGCGAUUGGAAAGCACCAAUCAGGUUGUGGCUAUUAAGCAGCUUGAUCGUAAUGGCUUGCAAGGGAACAGGGAAUUCCUUGUUGAAGUGCUGAUGUUAAGCCUGCUUCAUCAUCCAAACUUGGUGAACUUGAUUGGAUAUUGUGCUGAUGGAGAUCAGAGACUUCUGGUUUACGAAUACAUGCCAUUAGGAUCAUUGGAAGACCAUCUACUUGGUAUGUGCUAAUAAGAGACUCGAUUAUUUAAUGCAUUGCAUGCUAGAAGUGAGGCCUCCAAAAAUGGUUUGCAGGUUAUAACUCAAAACCAAAAUAUUUAGUAUUAAGAGAUUUUGAUGGCCCAGAACACCAAGCACUCCCUCCCUCGACAAAAAAAAAUCAGAAUUAAUAAGAAAAAGAUAGAAAAGCGAAGAAAACAAGGAUGAUAAUCAUCUGAUUCAGGAUCAGUCUCAUCUUAUGUUGCCCAACAUCUUAUGCAUUCGGUCCAAGGGUCAAGUGCUAGAUGCUUGCUUUUCCCUGUGGUAGCUUUAUGUACCUCUUAUCUAGCAUCUAAUGACAAAGGAUUGGAUUCUUGCUUCGUAUUCCAGACCUUCCACCUGAUAAAAAACGACUUGACUGGAACAC